AGGCUACUUGCUAAAUCUCUAUGAUUCGGGGAGGUGUUUGCUUCGUGCGUUAAGAGGGCCUCUCUAGCGUGCUUGCCUUGCUUCUUUGCUUUCUUCCGGGGUGGGUGGGAGGUGAUUGUGAUGAUGGCGGACGGGGAAGGGAGGUUGGAGCCGGAGCCUUGCGCUCCUCAUCUGGAGGCAGACGCUGAGGCUGCUGGGGAGAGUGAGCUGGAAUGCGGGAUACCCCUGGACGCCAACGGCUACGUGCUGUACAGGGACAGGAAGGAGUGGGCUGAUGUUGAGCCAGUUCCUCAAGAUGAUGGGCCAAAUCCAGUUGUUCAGAUCAUAUACAGUGAAAAAUUUAAAGAUGUAUACGAUUACUUCCGAGCUGUCCUGCAACAUGAUGAAAGGAGUGAAAGAGCUUUGAAGCUAACGGGAGACGCCAUUGAGCUUAAUGCUGCAAACUACACAGUGUGGCAUUUCCGUAGGAUUCUUCUUCAGUCCUUGAAGAAAGACUUACAAGAGGAACUCAGUUACAUUACAGCUAUCAUUGAAGAUCAGCCAAAGAAUUAUCAAGUCUGGCACCACAGACGGGUGUUGGUGGAGUGGCUGAAGGAUCCAUCGCAAGAGCUUGAAUUUAUAGCAGACAUUCUUAACCAAGAUGCUAAGAACUACCAUGCAUGGCAACACAGGCAGUGGGUCAUCCAGGAAUUUAAGUUGUGGGAUGAUGAAUUGGAAUACGUUGAACAGCUUUUGGAAGAAGAUGUCAGAAACAACUCCGUCUGGAACCAAAGAUUCUUUGUAAUUUCAAACACAACUGGUUACAAUGAUCCUACUGUUCUAGAGAGAGAAGUCCAGUAUACUCUAGGAAAGAUCAAGAUGGUGCCUCAUAAUGAAAGUGCUUGGAACUAUUUGAAAGGGAUUUUGCAGGAUCGUGGCUUGUCAAAAUAUCCAAAUCUGUUAGAGCAGCUGCUGGAAUUGCAACCAAGUCAUAGUUCUCCCUACUUAAUUGCCUUCCUGGUGGAUAUAUAUGAAGACAUGCUAGAAAACCAGUGUGAAAACAAGGAAGAAACUCUUAACAGAGCAUUAGAGCUAUGUGAAACCCUGGCUAAAGAAAAAGAUAUAAUACGGAAAGAAUACUGGAAAUACAUUGGAAGAUCCCUUAAGAAUAAACACAGCCCAAAUGCAGAACAGAAUGUGCCAAAUGAAAAUGAUCAACAGUAGUUUCAUCUAAGGGGAAACUACCUUCAGUUCUGUCUAUAUUAAAGAAACUCUCAGACUGGGGAAAGCAAGGCAGGCAGUUAUAUAGAGUGUUGUCCCCCUUAUCUCCCCACCCCCAUAAGUUGUUACUAUAUAUUGCUGCAGAGGUCUUGCUUCUAACCACACCAAGAGUACAAAGCGUUCUGCAUAACACUGACCCAUGGUUACUGCUGCUAUACAUAUUAGAUGUGGGGUUGUCCAAAGCACUGUGCUUAAAAAACAAGCAAACAAACCCUUAGUAAUUACUUGAAUUGUACCAAAUAAAUGAAUUGUUUAACAGUGUAUGAAUAAUGCUGUACUAGCUAUUUUAAUGCCCUAAAUCCGUUGCUGGCCUUGGCCUCCACACAGUGGCUCCUGUUUUCAUAAAGCAAGUGCAUGUAAGAUUCUGAGUUGGAUUGCAGAGACCUUGUGUGCAGUGGAUAUAUGGAGUAAUUUUAGUUACUGUAAGGAGGGAAUGCAGUUGUCUAUUGGAGCAGCUAUGCAACACUGAUUGUGUUACCAUUGUACCCAACUAAUGCCAUCAAUAAUUUGUAAUAAAAGUAUAGAUAACUUAUACAAGG